GGGCGGGGCCUGUCCGGCGGCCGGCUCGCCCUCGGGCUCACUGUGCGGCUGCGGCAGCUCGGCCCCGGGCGCUCGGCUUCGCGGCACCGGCUCCUGCCCGGGCGCGCGCACCUCGCAUGGCGGCUAUCAAGGCGCUGCAGCAGUGGUGCCGGCAGCAGUGCGAGGGCUACCGGGACGUGAGCAUCACCAACAUGACCACGUCGUUCCGCGACGGGCUGGCCUUCUGCGCCAUCCUGCACCGCCACCGGCCCGACCUCAUAAACUUCAGCACUCUCAGGAAGGAGAACGUUUAUGAGAACAACAAACUGGCUUUCCAUGUGGCCGAGGAGCAGUUGGGCAUCCCAGCCCUGCUGGACGCUGAGGACAUGGUGGCCCUGAAGGUGCCCGACCGGCUGAGCAUCCUGACCUAUGUGUCUCAGUACUACAACUAUUUCCAUGGACGCUCCCCCAUUGGGGGCAUGGCUGGUGUGAAGAGGCCCCCAUCAGACUCCGAAGAGGAACCGUCUGGGAAGAAGGUCCUGCCCCAGCCGGCCAGGCCCUUGCCCACCCCGGCCCGGGGGCAGCCACUGUCUCCAGUCAGCACAAACCCCACUGUCCAGCAGAAGGAUAGAGGUGCAGAGGGCCACACACUGAAGGCUGGCCAGGCCUCAGCAAGCAGCGCCUGUGGGGUGUGUGGCCAGCACGUGCAUCUCGUGCAGAGGCACCUGGCUGCGGGGACCCUAUACCACCGGAGCUGCUUCAGGUGUAAGCAGUGCUCCAGCACGCUGCAACCGGGCGCCUACCGGGCCACCGAGGAGCCGGGCGUCUUCGUCUGUUCCAGCCACCACCCCACAGCUGCCUCUGCAAGCUCCACAUCACCAGGCCUGGCCCCCAGGGGACCAGGAGCCAUCCCCACAGACUCCCAGCCCCCCAGUGCCCCACGGGAGCCGCAGGAGGUGAAUGGGCAGAGACAUGCAGGAUCAAAGGACAGCCCAGAGGCCUGGGUGCCUGUGGUGAGCCACUCAGCUGCCAAAGGCCGCCUUCCAGCUGUAGCAGGCCCUGCGGCCAGCACCCCCGCACACACCCACAUGGGAAACCUUGCCCGGCCCAGGUUCCCAGCAGGCCCUGUGGGUGGCAAAACCGGCACCCGCGUGACCAACAGCUCCCCGGCAGGGUGGGCGUCGCCGGCACAGGACACAGCGGCGGUCAGUCCCCAUCCCGCCAUGACCCCGAGUGCCUUGGACCCUCGCCCCACCAUGCCACAAGGCCGGGUGACCCCCCAAAGGGCAGACCCCCAGGUCAAGCUCUGUUGGAGCCCAGCAUCUCCAAGUCCAGCAGCUGCCCCAGCCUGGACUCCGUCAGCCACUAGGACGCAGCAGGCCCAGGAGAGGUUCUUCCAGACACCUGGAGCUGCCACCAGCCCUGGCCAGGUGCCCGCUCCAGCUGGUGUGCCCUCUCGGGACCGCAGCAGGGAGCAGGCGCUGAGCUUCCUGCAGAAGGCCCUCCCGGCGCUCGGGGAAGCUGGUGCUCAGGUGCCUGGCAGGUCACACUCCGAGCUUCCUAGUGGACAUGGAUUUGGGGGGACACCUCUCGCCUCACUGCGGUCGUCUAGUGUGCCUGCCCGAGCUGCCUCUCCUGCUCUGAAUCCCCAUACCAGGACUGAGGGGCCGCGAGCCAGUCCAUCAGCCAAGCUGUUGCCCCUGGCAUUUCCCCGAGCCCUUAGCCCCCCUGCAAGGACUGAGCUGCCGGCCCCCCUAACUGUGGGUACCAACUCAGGGGCAUCCACGCCACCCCAGGCAGGCAGGAAGAACUCACCCGUGUCCUCAGUGGCUGUCAGGGAAGGUGCUGGCUCCAGGCUGCAGCCGGAGGCCCCACUGGCAAAGGGCCCGAGUGCCAGCCCCCGGGAAGGCCAGGAGGACGGGCCUGCAGGAUGGAGGGCCCGCCUGAAGCCUGUGGAGCAGAAGAGCCCAGCUGAGAGGGCCCUGGGCCUAAAGGAGCCACGGGUCCCCAGAGAGCAGAGGGCAGGCAACACACCCCAGAAGGCCUCGAGAAGCUCUGAAGAGGGCAUCCGCAUCACCCUGACUCCUCUGCAGCCAGACAGGACACUGAGCGCCGGACCCAGCCCCUCAGCAGCCUCAUCCCCCUCCCCGUCAUGCCACCGCAGGAAGCUGGCCGUCCCUGAUAGCCUGGCCAGCUCUGGAGACUGGCUAACACCCAAGCCAUCUGGGCAGGAAGCCCCAGCCCAGAGCUGGGAGGAGAAGCCCCCUGCUCAGGGCAAACCAGGGAGGCCCUUGGGCUCGGCCAGUGUCCCUGCUUACCCUGGCCAGGCAGCAGCCGCUCCAGUCACGUGGCACCCCGACUUCGUGCCCCCUGAGGAGAUCCAGAGGGAGGUGCAGAACAUCGAGAGGCAGCUGGACUCCCUAGAGCUCCGGGGCGUGGAGCUGGAGAAGCGCCUGCGGGCCGCCGAGGGGGAUGCCUCCGAGGACGCCCUCAUGGUGGACUGGUUCCGGCUCAUCUAUGAGAAGCAGCUGCUGCUCCGGCUGGAGUCAGAGCUGAUGUACAGGGCCAGGGACCAGCGCCUGGAGGAACAGCAGCUGGACAUCGCAGGGGAGCUGCGCCGGCUGAUGGCCAAGCCUGAGGGUCUGAAGUCACCCCAGGACUGGCGGCGGGAGCAGGAGCUGCUGAACCAGUACGUGAGCACCGUGAACCACCGCAGUGACAUCGUGGACUCCCUAGAUGAGGACCGGCUCAGGGAGCUGGAGGAAGACGAGAUGCUGCAAAACAUGAUCCAGAAUCUGGCCCUGCAGAGAAGCAGCGGGGACGCGAGAAAGAAGCCCAGGUUCCGCCUGCCCAGGAUCUGGUCCCUGAAGAGCAAAGGCGGGCUUCCUGAGUGAGCGGCCUGGCCCGGCUUCAGGACCCUCGCUGUGGCCUCAGCAGGGUGUGCACCGGGAGGGCGGGCCUGCGGGCAGCAGGAACUUGCAGCGCCCUCCCUGUGGGGUCUGAGCAGCCUCAAUAAAGAGACUGACCACAGAGCUGGGCUCCCUUUCCCAUUCGCCCACGGGCUCCUGGGUGGCCAGGCGCCUGGCCCAGAGGUCUCAGCUGAUCUCCCAGUCUGCACCAUGUGAAUAUGCUGUGGCCUUGAGCAGGUGCUGACCCUCUCCAGGCCUGGCCCAGGCCCUUUGAUUUGGGCAUUUUAGUGGCUUCCUGAGCUGGCUGUGGGGACAGAGCCAGGUCUAUGCAAGGUGCACUCAGAGCUGGCACCCCAGGAGCUCCAAGCUCAAGAUCUGUAACCCUGGCCUUUGGGGAGGGGCUGGCUGGGCCCUGGGAUGGAGGAGUAUAAUGGCUGAGCCCCUGGUGUCCAGCAAGGGAGUGGGCUUGCCGCCCUCCCUGACUUCUGGGGACACAGUUGGGGUGGAGAAGGAAGGGGGGUAGCACCUCCUGGCAGCACAGACCUGGGUCCUCGCCCAGUGCUGCCCCUACUCCAAGGUAACCUGGAGAACCAGUUCCCCUUCGGGCCUCAGUGUCCCUGUAUGUGUGAGGUGUGGGCUGUGGCUCUGUCUUCCUGUGCUGUCUUGAGCCACUGUGGGAGCCCAUCAAGGUGGUGCCAGUGCACCCACAUCACUUGUGGGGUACCAACCCCCAGCUGGUACCAGGCAGGAUGAGACCCUGUGGGUCCCAGCCAGGACUGAGCCAGAGACCCAGCUAAGUGCCUGGGGUCUCAUGGAGGUCUUACCACAUCUGCUGCCGGAGGGUCCCAGACAGGGCUCUGGGGACUUGGGGUCAGGGUGUGAGAUGGGGCAGAAGGGGCUUCAGUCACAGAGCUGCUCAGCUCCGGCCUUGGGCCAGCGCACCACCCCUCUGAGCCUUUGGGGACCAGUGGGCUGCAUGUGAUGUGAGGCUGGACCAGCACUGUU